AUGAAAAAAUAUUUAGCUCCUGCUGUUAUUUUUUAUCUGAUCAUCUUAGCAAUAGAAUUAUCAGCAGGAGUUGUUACAAAUGGAUAUAUUGUUGCCUUAAAUUGUAUCAACUGGGCCAAAAGCAGAACACUGACUUCCUAUGAUAAGCUCAUAACCAGUCUGGCCUUCUCCAGAUUUUGCCUACAAUUCUUGGUGACAUUAGACAACGUUUUAUUGAAGAUAUAUCCAAAUAUCUUUGAUAGAUUUCAAACACUACAGCCUUACCUAGUUACCUGGAUGUUCAUAAACCAAGUGAGUCUCUGUUUUGCAAGCUGCCUUUCUGUGUGCCUUUCUCUGUUCUACUGUGUGAAGAUUGCCUCUUUCAACCAAUCCCUCUUCAGCUGGUUAAAACUGAAAAUCUCCAAACUGGUGCCAUGGCUGCUUUUGGGCUCUAUGCUGUACUGCUUGGUUACUACAGUUGCUUUUACAUUGUUCAGUUAUUCCUACUGGGUAUUUUCUCACAACUCCACAGAUUGUCUAUCAACAAAUGGUACAAUAUCAGACAAUAAAAAUAACCUUUUGGAGUUCACUUUUCAGAUACACAGCGUAGGAUCUAUUUCCCCUCUUAUUGUAUUUAUUGCUUCAUCUGUUCUGCUAAUCAUAUCCCUUUGGAGACACAUCAGGAAAAUGAACCUUAAUUCAGACUUUAAUCCAAGUUUUUGGAACCCCAGCACGGAUGCCCAUGUGCGUGCACUUAAAUCUGUGGUAUCCUUUUUCAUCAUCUACACUAUUUAUUAUGUAGCUUCAACAUUCUCAAUAGGAACCCUAUCCUAUUUCAAUGAUGAAUUGAAAAUUAUGGUGUGUACAUCUGUAGCUGCUGUCUACCCUUCUCUACACUCCAUUAUCUUGAUUCUGGGCAACCCCAAAUUAAAACUGGCCUCAGCAAAAAUUCGGCAUUCUGCCAAUUCGUGUUUCGGAGAGAUUACUUCAUAA